UUCCCGUAACGUCAAAACAGAUAAAAUGGCCGAACUCUAACGUCGUUCUUGUAUCGUAUUUUAUUUACCAAAACGCUUAUAUAUUUUGUUCUUUCUAGCUUAAGUUAUUAUGAGACCGCCUCAAAAGUUUAUACUUAACAUCCCGCUUAUCCUGAAGAAUUUGCUUUAACCGAAACUGGCUCCCUAAGCCAUUACAACACACUUUCCAUAACAUACACACCAUCUCACUUCAACAACCAUUCAAAAUGUGGUCCACUAACAACACCUUGUACAACAAGGAGAACAAGUCUGAUGAUAGUCUCAUUACUUUGGGAAUGACCUCCGCUAUUUCUACUGCGGCCCCCAAGGAAAUCGAUUUAAUUCGUACCAAGGAGUUGGAAAAAGCUCUUAAUUCAUUUGAUAUAUUUGAAAGCGAGAAAGAACUGAACCACAGAAUGCUCAUAUUGGGUAAAUUGUAUUCUCUUGUAAAACAGUGGAUCAAGGAAGUCUCAAUUAAGUGCAAUAUGCCAGAAAGUGUAGCUGAGAAUGUUGGCGGUAAAGUUUGUACUUUUGGUAGUUAUAGAUUAGGGGUUCAUAGUAAAGGUGCAGAUAUUGAUGCGUUAUGUGUGGCACCCAAACAUGUCUCUAGAAAUGAAUUUUUUGGUUCAUUUUAUGAAUUAUUAAAGGAGCAACCUGAAGUAACAGAACUAAGGGCAGUAGAAGAAGCUUUUGUACCCGUCAUAAAAAUGAAUUUUGAUGGCAUAGAAAUAGAUAUGCUAUUCGCCCAGUUAUUGCAAAAAGAGAUCCCUGACUCGAUGGACCUCCGAGAUGAUAAUUUGUUAAAAAAUCUCGAUCCAAAAUGUGUAAGAAGUCUUAAUGGCUGCAGGGUCACCGAUGAAAUGUUAAGAUUAGUGCCGAAUGUGGAUAGUUUUAGGUUGACCUUAAGAGCUAUCAAGCUCUGGGCAAAAAAACAUGGAAUUUAUAGUAAUGUCCUCGGUUACUUGGGCGGAGUAUCCUGGGCCAUGUUGGUAGCUAGGACUUGUCAGUUGUAUCCGAAUGCAGCUCCCGCCACUUUAGUUCAUAAAUUUUUCCUGAUAUUUUCCAAAUGGAAAUGGCCGCAACCGGUAUUGCUUAAACAGCCCGUUAAUGUUAGUUUGGGAUUUCCCACAUGGGAUCCCAGGGUGAACAUUCAAGAUCGUUUUCAUCACAUGCCAAUAAUAACUCCGGCCUACCCGCAACAAAAUUCAACGUUUAACGUCUCCCAGUCGACCAAAACCAUCAUGGUGGAAGAAUUUAAAAGUGGCCUGCAAAUAACUGACGAAAUAAUUUUGGGGAAGGCAACGUGGGACAAACUGUUUGAGCCUCCGCAAUUUUUUAUGAAAUAUCGUCAUUUUAUCGUGCUUAUGGUAAGCGCGGCCAAUUCCAAGGACCUUCUGGACUGGACCGGUCUUGUGGAGAGUAAAAUUAGGUUUUUAAUCGGUACCCUGGAAAGGAACGAGUGCAUAGUUCUCCCUCAUAUUAAUCCGGAGGUGUACGCGAUGCCCGACUCGCAAAAAGAUGCGAAAUCUAACAGUUUAAUGUGGUUUAUCGGCCUCGAGUUUAAGAAGAUGGAGGGGCUGAAUAUCGAUUUGACUUACGAUAUUCAACAGUUUACGGAACACGUGAACAAACACGCGGUUAAUAUACAGAUAUACAAGACUUCUAUGAAGUUGGAAGCCAGAUAUGUGAAGAGAAAACAGUUACCACAAUAUUUACCACCGGGCGUUAUAAAGAGAGAACGCAAAUCAAGCUUAACAAUUACGAACAAAAACGGUCUCUCGACCGAUUCUAGAAAGCGCCAGUCCACCGACUGUACCGAGGGUGAACCCUCCGCAAAAAAAACAAGAAUGUCCGGCAACGAAUUAAGCUCCUCAAGUUUCGACGAGAGUUCCAAUAAUUCGGUGACAUCGACGAAUGAGGAUUCGUCCCACAGUUUCGUCGACACGAAUACGAGUCCAGUGAAAAUUCCUACGGCCCCACCUAGUGCCACACAAGAGGCAGUAUGUACUUGAAAAGAAAUGAUAGGAAAUAAGGUUUGUAUGUAUGCUUCAAGGAUCCAAAAUUCAGGUAGAAAGGACAUUUUACCGCACAACCACGUAUGUAUAAAACACAUCCAUUGAAUAAUUUUUUUUUUCUUAAUGUAGAAUAUUAUCGCAAUACUUCUUCCUUGGACAUACUGUUGUAUAUAUUAUCCUAUUAUAUUCUGUACAAGUCAGAAAGAUAUACUUAAUUUAAUUUUUUUUAUUGUUUAUAUAAAUUAAUUAAUAGUUUUAACUUGAUAUAUUGCGAAUUGUGUUCAAAUGAAGUCGGAAACUUUACCGUUAGUAGUUCUAUUAACAUUUCGUAAGUUGAAAAUAUUUAAAAAAAAAAUGGAAAAAAAAUCACUGCUUUUGUUGCGGUAGUAUUUUACCCUACUGUACAUAAUUUGUCCCUUUAUUUUAUUCGUUAAGUCCACAUUCAAAAUGAAUUUUAAGCAGUUCAUUGGUGUUUUUUUUUCAUGGAUUAUUUAUCAUUUAAUUAAAAAAUAUAUGUUUAUUUUUGA